ACGCCGCUGUAGGUCGCCAUGGCGAUGGGGAACAAUCAUAUGUACGAGCUGCUCAGACCGCUUGGUGGAAAUAUUAGGGCCGUAGGGCAGAGGGACCAGAACGGGUGGACGGCGUUACACGUGGCGGCAUUUAAAGGGAGGAUGGAUGCGGUGAAGGAGCUUGUGGAGGACGGCGCGGAGUUGGAGGCAGUGGACGACGCUGGAUACACGCCGUUUAAGUGCGCCGUGGAGGCUGGAAAUGUUGAGGUGGCGCUUUGGCUGAUUAGAUGUGGGGCUCGCGGUAGUGUGAAGGGUUUCCUCAUGGCUACAGGCGGCGGCGGCGGAAGGGUGUCGGCGUGGGCCUUUUCUGCGGCGAUGGUUUCCUCUGCUCUUUGUUAAAAUAAAAAAGGAACUUUUUGUGAGCUUUGAAGUUUGAUUUUCUGCUCAAAUUUUGUGAAUUUGUGCAUAGUUUGAGAAAGGCUAGGCGGAAUAAUGCUACAAUGUAAUUAAAGGAUGGGGCACUUAGAUA